CUUUUCAUAAUUUCGUAUUCCCCUUCCCCCUCAAAAGAAUUAAAAAUAUAACUCAAGCCUCCUACUUGAUCCUCCAAAGAUUUAUAUAAACCGGCUGAGAAUCCCGCAGAGCCACAACCCAUUCUCCUUCCCAUACGUUCCUCUAUCUUCUUCUUCUUCUCCUCCUUUAUCCUCUCUGCAAGCAUUCAUUUGCCCAUAUUCAUACAUACAUAUAUCUGUUGUUUCUAGAUCAACACUGAUCUUGGAUACAAAUCAGUCAAGAAUGGAAAAUGGUGGGGAAGAUCUGUAUCAACCUCUGGUUAAUGGGGAUGAUAGUAACCGGCCGGAGUUGCAGAGCGGUACUGGUGAUCAGAUGAAGCAGCAGUUAGAAGUGAGUCCGAGAUUAGAGAAGGUUCUGUGCGAUACCCAGUUGCCUCGUUUCAAAAGACUUUACUUGGCUUCAUGGAUCGAGCUCAAGUUUCUUUUUCACUUGGCCGCACCAGCCGUCAUCGUCUACCUCAUCAACAGUACCAUGUCUUUGUCCACUCGUAUCUUCUGCGGCCACCUCGGCAACCUCGAGCUCGCCGCCGCCUCCCUCGCGUACGGUGCGCACAAGCACGAAAUGCCUAGGGAAUAUAUCUACAAAGAUCGACGGUGGUGCUUUGUCUGA